UUCAGGCUGUGUGCGGCGGCGGCGGCGGCAGCGGCGGCGGUAGCAGCGGCGGCAGCGGCAGCAGCAGCAGCGGAGGAGGCGGCGGCGACGGCCGGACGGGGAUGGAGGGAGUGAGGAGCAGAGCCAGAGGUGAACAAUGACUAUAGUUGACAAAGUAUCUGAAUCUUCCAACCCAUCAGCUUGUCAGAAUCAACCUGGCAGCUCUGUGGCACCUUCACUCGGAGACAUGGACUCAGGCUCUGCAAGUUGGGGAGCUGUAUCUUCUUUGACAGACAUCCCCAAACACAAAAUUUCUUUAGGACCAGUACCUGGUGCUGCGAUUUAUUCUAAUUCAUCUAUAUCCGACAAACCAAAGCCAUCAGCACAGAAAGAUCAAUCUACAGGUGAUGGCAUUGCACCUCCACAGAAGGUCCUUUUUCCAGCCGAAAAAAUUUGCCUAAAGUGGCAACAAUCUCACAGAGUUGGAGCUGGGCUCCAAAAUCUGGGCAAUACGUGUUUUGUCAAUGCUGCAUUGCAGUGUUUAACAUAUACGCCACCUCUUGCCAAUUAUAUGUUAUCUCAUGAACACUCCAAAAUAUGCCAUGAGCAAGGAUUUUGUAUGAUGUGUACCAUGCAGGCCCAUAUUACCCAGGCACUCAAUAAUCCUGGUAAUGUCAUCAAACCAAUGCCAGUCAUCAAUGAUCUUCGACGUAUAGCUAAACACUUCCGUUUUGGAAACCAGGAAGAUGCCCAUGAAUUUCUUCGAUACACUGUUGAUGCAAUGCAGAAAGCAUGCCUGAAUGGCAGCACUAAAUUGGACCGGCACUCCCAGGCUACCACACUUGUUUGUCAAAUAUUUGGAGGCUACCUGAGAUCUCGAGUAAAGUGUAUGAACUGCAAAGGAGUUUCUGAUACCUUCGAUCCAUACCUUGAUAUUCCACUGGAAAUAAAGGCUGCCCAGAGUGUCAACAAAGCCUUGGAACAGUUUGUGAAACCUGAGCAAUUAGAUGGAGAAAAUUCCUAUAAAUGUAGCAAGUGUAAAAAGAUGGUUCCAGCUUCAAAGAGGUUUACUAUACAUAGAUCAUCUAAUGUUCUUACCUUAUCUUUGAAACGUUUUGCGAAUUUCAGUGGUGGAAAAAUUGCUAAGGAUGUAAAAUAUCCUGAGUAUCUUGAUAUUCGACCAUAUAUGUCUCAACCAAAUGGAGAACCAAUUAUUUAUGUUCUAUAUGCAGUGUUAGUGCAUACUGGUUUUAGCUGUCAUGCUGGUCAUUACUACUGUUACAUAAAGGCUAGUAAUGGACAAUGGUACCAGAUGAAUGAUUCCAUUGUUUCUACCAGUGACAUCAGAUCAGUGCUUAACCAGCAAGCUUAUGUCCUCUUUUAUAUCAGGUCCCAUGAUGUGAAAAAUGGAGGUGAACACACUCAUUCCAUUCAUACUCCAGGACAGUCUUCUCCUCGACCGGUGAUUAAUCAGCGGGUAGUCAAUAAUAAACAGACUGUGUCAGGCUUUAUUGGACCACAACUUCCUCCUCAUAUGAUAAAGAAUUCUAAUCACUUAAAUGGGACUGGACCAUUGAAAGAAACUCCAAGCUGUUCUGUGGCAAGUGCUAGUAACUCUAAUUUAAACAGAGCAAGUCCUGCUCCUGCUUCAACUUCUAUUCAAAAUUGGACAGUUAACAGACCCUCAAUUAUUCCUGAGCCUCCCAAGAAGCAAAAAAUCACUAUCAGUAUUCAUAACAAGUUGCCUGUUCGACAAGGUCAGUCUCAACCUACUCUUCACAACAAUUCUUUAGAAAACCUCAGCAAGUCCAUUCCCUCAUCUACCAUUACUAAUUCUUCUGCAUUACAAUCUACCUCAAAUGCAUCGACAAUGUCAGUUGCUACUAAAGUAUCAAAACAGAUCACACCUAGUGAAUCUUGUUCCAAGCCAGUAAUGAAUGGCAAGUCCAAGCUCACCUCCAGUGUGCUGGUCCCUUAUGGUGCAGAGUCUUCAGAAGAAUCUGAUGAGGAGUCAAAGGGACUGGGUAAGGAGAAUGGCCAUGUAAAACCUCUGAAUGGACUUCUGACUGGAAAUGGAGUUGGCCUGCUCCCAAACACUUGUUCUUCCUGUCAAGAUGCUGAAGAUGAUGAGGCUUCUCAUCAUGAACUGCCAGAAACUGUGACAGUAAAUGGUGCUAAUAGUAUAGAGAAUAGUGAACCUAAAGAAAAUGGACUGUCAUUUGAUGAUCCCACUUGCCAAGUCAAGCCUGCUAAACAUUCAGAAAAUCCCUUUUCUAAGACAAACGGAUUACAUGGAAAGUUGAUGCCUACUCCUUUGCCUCCACUCCCAGAAGACAGAAUUGUAGAGUCUUUCAGAUUCAGCAACAAAUUAAAAAACUUGACUGAUGAUAUAAGUUCAACUGGAAAUGAGAAACCACCUGAAGAAGAACUUGGUACAGAAGUUGUGGUUGGUAGCAACAGUUCAGCUUCCUAUGAACAACUAGAUAAAGUUACUUCAAGUCUUAGCUGCAAAAUAAAGAAUACCUUUUCACCCUCAGAUCCUAAUGUCAUUGCUACCAAAGAAGAAACUCCUGAAAGUAUUAUGGCAAAACCAGAAGAAUCUCUUCCCAAUAUCAUUAGUCAUUGUAAUGCUAACAAGAAAGCCAUUGGAGAUGAUCAGUUUCCCAAACAGUGUGAUCCUGGGAAUUUCACAGAUGAAAAGAUCAUACUACCCCAAGAAAUAAAGGGAGCAUUGAAGGAGAAUUCACUGAACUCUGCAUCAGUAGACACAGUGGAAAAAUUGAGCCAAACUCCCUCAAAUAAUUUUGACACUGAAUGUGAUAGUAAUAAACUCUUAGUAUUUAUUAGUACUGAAAAAUGCAAAGAAACAAAGGACCUUUCUAAAAGUAUAGACAUGUCUACUAAUGAACUGUCUGCUACCCAGUUAGAUAAAAUUGUAGAGAAUCAUUAUUCAAAAGGAAGCACUGAACAAAGUAAUAGUGAACGAUGUGAAGAAAAUAAAGUUAGACAAAAAGUUCAAAGUAAUUCUCCAGUUAAAGAAAAAGGUGGCAGCCCCCGAAAAGUGGACAAAGGGCAUUACCAUAACCGAAGAGAUCGUUCUUCCAGUGGAGAGCGAACAAAGCAAAGUAGGAGCAAAACAGAGAACUAUUAUUAUAAAAAAAGGGUCUCCUAUAGCAGAGAAAGGACCAAAAAGAGCCGCCAUAAAUCAGAACACUGUAAUGGAAGCAAAUAUAAACCUUUUCAUAAUGAAAACAGCAGCCCUGACAGUAGAUCCUUAGGAAAACAUAACCAUUAUAGGUCCAGAAGUAGAGGAAAGUCUGAUCAGGAAAGGGGUAGAUAUUAUCAUUCUAAAAGUGAGCGAUCUUGGAGUCGGGAAAAAUAUCCAGAUGGAAUGAGAAGAUGGGACAAAUAUAGGUAUUACAGUGAUUAUUAUCCUUAUUCUUCAAGGGAUGGUAGAGAGUGGAAGCCAUCUCACAGUGAUCGAGAAUAUGACAAAGCAAGUCAGUACAAUAGUAGAUCACACAAGGACUAUUAUAAAAGCAAAUGGGUUCAUGAGCCAGCACCUAAAGAGAAAGAAAGGCAUCACUCGAACAGUAAUAAAGUAGACCUGUCCCAUUGUGCAUCUCUUCCUCAACAUCCUGAAAAAUAUUCUCAUGACAAAAUUGCACUUGAAGAAAACAGUUCAAAUAUUUGUAGCCAGUUUCAUGAGCAUGAAAUUGUAAAAAUGAGGAAAAGGAAAUAUGAUAGCAUAGAAAAUAAUGACAGUGACUUAGAAAAGAAAAUCCCCAAACCCUUGCAAAAUGAGCCAUUAGAAGAGCAGAAAGUAAAGAAGCACAAAAAAUCGAAAAAGAAAAAGAAAUCCAAAGACAAACACAGAACUCGAAGUUGCAAGCAUCAUCAAGAUUCGGAUCUUUCUGUAGCCAACUCCAAAGCUGACCUUCGCAAACACAAAAAGAAGAAGAAGAAAAAGAAGAAACAUGCAAAAAAAUCAGAGGACUAUAUUGAACAUUCAGAUCUUCAUGUACUCAAGAUUUCCUGCUCUGAGACUGAUAACAAAACCUGGGAGAGAAAGGACAAAUCUCCCUUCAAAGAUGGCUUGCCAUCUGAGGACUACCUGAAAUAUAAUAAACUUUUUCAUGAGGAAGAUGCUGAUCACCCUGGGAAAACCAAACACUUAAGAAUGGAAAGCCAGGAUCAUAAAUGUCACCCCGCUGAGUAUGGCCAGGCUAAAGACCUCCUCUCUCAUAAGGACUACAGUCAGAAGGUUUCCAGUAAACAGUUGGAUGACAGUUCUGCAAGUACAGAUGAAUCUAGAUGGAAAGUGAAUGAAAACUCAUCCUCAAAAGAAAAAAUACACUAGUUACUGAUUCAGAGUGUUCAACUGAAGCCAUCCCCAACACAGCUUAAAUUAUAUUUAUAAAUAUAGAAAAUGAUUAACUGUUCAAAUCCAUAAGUGGUGCUUCUUCAGUAAAUACUGUACAGGAUUUUACCAUGGAAGAACUUUUUUUUAAUUUUUACCUUGAGACUUUUUCUUAAUUACCCUUAAUCCAAAUGGAUGAAAACUUUCUACAACUGCUGACCGUUGUAAAAUACCGUGUAUAUAAUCACAUUGAAAAUAAUGCCCUGGAAUAGAACAUCUCAAAUGCUGCUUAAUUACAGACUCAGGUUGAUUACUUGUAUUUCAUGUAAUGUUACUCCAAGUUAGACAUCUGGUGCAAGACCAAGCCAGGAAACCAUGGAAUUAUUUAAAAAGGAGGGGGUGGGAGGGAAGUGGGAAGGGGAAAAAAAAGAAAAAGAAAAAAAACUGUGUAUAUUUAAUUUAAAGACUUAUUUAAAGAUUCACAAGCUCUUACCUAGAAUUUUGAGAGAGAGCUCUCUGUUUUCUGUGAUGUCUGAUACUAGAAACUAAUUUGCUUCACAUUUUAGUUGUAUUCAAGAUUUGAAGAUGUAUUUUAUAGACAAGUUCUGUUUCUGAACUUUGUGGAAACACACCAAUCAAUUUACCAGUUAUGAUGAGCAUUUACAUUAUGAAUGUAUAACCCAAACUUUAUUUGUAAAGCCUACAGUAUGUUUUUAUUACAUAACACUUUUUUAUACAGUCACUUGUCUUGACUAUACAAUAUUGGAGUCUGAGUUGUCAGUUUGGUCCCUUAAAGUUUCUAGUUACAGACAAAUUCAUACUGUGAUUUUAUUUUUAAUAUGGAAAUGCUAUCAAACUGUGAUAUACUUAUAAUUCACUGGUCCUGCAUCAGGAGAUGGAGUGGGGAAAACUGUAUUUAAUACAGUUUAUAUCUGAAUAAUCUGUAUGGUUUAUACAGUCUGUGUUGUUCAGAGAUGUCUAAAGUUUGAUCUUUGUUUUUUUAAAGAUUAUAAAAGCACUUGCCCCACUGUAAAUAUAUAGCAUGUAAAAUUUAUAUAGUAUAUAAAAUACAGCAAAGU